AUGGGUAAUCUUCCACAUCUGGAAAUACUGAGCUUUCAAAAUGGCUCUCUAACAGGCCCCAUUCCAUCUACCAUCUUCAACAUUUCUUCUUUGAGAAGAAUUGAUUUCACAAACAAUAGUCUGUCAGGAGGUUUGCCGGUAGAUAUGUGCAUCCAUCUUCCUAAACAUGAAGGACUCUAUCUUUUUGGGAAUCGGCUUCAUGGGCAAAUUCCAUCCAUUUUAUACAAAUGCAAGGAGCUCCAAUAUUUGUCAUUGUCAUUCAAUGGCCUUGAUGGAAACAUACCUAGAGAAAUUGGCAAACUGACUUUGCUUAAGGAGUUAUAUCUUGGUAAUAACAACUUGAAAGGUGUAAUUCCUUUGGAGAUGGGAAAUCUUACACAUCUGGAAAUAUUGAGCAUUCAAAAUGGCUCUCUAACAGGCCCCAUUCCAUCUGCCAUCUUCAACAUUUCUUCUUUGAGAAGAAUUAAUUUCACAAACAAUAGUCUGUCUGGAAGUUUGCCGGUAGAUAUAUGCAUCCAUCUUCCUAAACUUGAAGGGCUCUAUCUUUUUAGGAAUCGGCUUCAUGGGCAAAUUCCAUCCAGUUUAUACAAAUGCAGGGAGCUCCAAUAUUUGUCAUUGUCAUUCAAUGGCCUUGAUGGAAACAUACCUAGAGAAAUUGGCAAACUAACUAUUCUCAAGGAGUUAUAUCUUGGUAAUAACAACUUAAAAGGUGUAAUUCCUUUGGAGAUCGGUAAUCUUCUACGUCUGGAAAUAUUGAGCUUUCAAAAUGGUUCUCUAAGAAGCCCCAUUCCAUCUACCAUCUUCAACAUUUCUUCUUUGAGAAGAAUUGAUUUCAGAAACAAUAGUCUGUCUGGAAGUUUGCCGGUAGAUAUGUGCAUCAAUCUUUCUAAACUUGAAGGACUCUAUCUUUUUCGGAAUCGGCUUCAUGGGCAAAUUCCAUCUAGUUUAUACAAAUGCAGGGAGCUCCAAAAUUUGUCAUUGUCAUUCAAUGGCCUUGAUGGAAACAUACCUAGAGAAAUUGGCAAACUGAUUAUGCUCAAGGAGUUAAAUCUUGGUAAUAACAACUUGAAAGGUGUAAUUCCUUUGGAGAUGGGUAAUCUUCUACGUCUGGAAAUAUUGAGCUUUCAAAAUGGAUUUCUAACAGGCCCCAUUCCAUCUACCAUCUUCAACAUUUCUUCUUUAAGAAGAAUUCAUUUAAGAAACAAUAGUCUAUCUGGAAGUUUGCCGGGAGCUCCAAUAUUUGUCAUUGUCAUUCAAUGGCUUAAUGGAAACAUACCUAGAGAACUUGGCAAAUUGACUAUGCUCAAGGAGUUAUAUCUUGGUGUAAUUCCUUUGGAGAUGAGUAAUCUUCUAUGUUUGGAAAUAUUGAGCUUUCAAAAUGGCUCUCUAACCGGCCCCAUACCAUCUACAAUCUUCAAUAUUUCUUCUUUGAGAAGUAUUGAUUUCAGAAACAAUAGUGUGUCUGGAAGUUUGCCGGUAGAUAUGUGCAUUCAUCUUCCUAAACUCGAAGGACUCUAUCUUUUUCAGAAUCGGCUUCAUGGGAAAAUUCCAUCCAAUCUAAACAAAUGCAGGGAACUCCGAUAUCUAUCAUUGUCAUUCAAUGACUUCAAUGGCAGCAUACCUAGAGAAAUUGGCGAACUGACUAUGCUCAAGGAGUUAUAUCUUGGUAAUAACAACUUCAAAGGUGUAAUUCCGUCAGAGAUAGGCAAUCUUCAACAUUUGGAAGUAAUGAGCAUAAUCAAUAACUCUCUAACAGGGUCCAUCCCAUCUUCAAUCUUCAACAUUUCUUCUUUGAGAAUAAUUAAUUUCUCAAACAAUAGGCUAACUGGAAGUUUGCCAGUAGAUAUGUGCAACCAUCUUCCUAAACUUGGUAGACUUUUUCUCUAUAGGAAUCAGAUUGAAGGGCAUAUUCCAUCCAAUUUACACAAAUGUGGGGAGCUCCAUGAUUUAUCAUUGUCAUUCAAUGGCUUUACUGGCAUCUUACCUAGAGAAAUUGGCAACUUGACUAUGCUCAAAGUGUUAAAUCUUUGCGAAAAAAACUUAAAAGACAUUGGGUUUUGGCUUCUGAAUCUUGAAGGGCUUUACCUAUUAAUGAACAAACUCAGCGGAACAAUCCCGAGCUCUAUCUCUAAUGCUUCUAAGCUUACCAUCAUUAGCAUGGGCAUCAACUCAUUCACUGGACCUAUACCCAACACACUUGGUAGUUUAAGACUCUUGCAAAGGCUCUCCCUUCAUACAAAUAGUUUGGCUGGGGAGUCUUCUACUCCGGAGUUGAAAAUUUUCUCUUUUUUAACAAAUUAUAGACAAUUGGAGGAAUUGGGCAUAGCAUUAAAUCCACUAAACGGCAUACUUCCAAUCAAAAUUAAGGGCAACAUUCCCAGUGGAAUCGGCAAUUUGAGCAACUUGAUUCCGACAUGCUUGGGUGAGCUUAAAUCUCUAAGAUGGCUCUACCUUGACUCCAACAGAUUAAGUUCCAAGGUACCGUCAAACUUGUGGAGCCUUGAAGACCUUUUGGGUCUUAACCUAUCCUCAAACUUUCUAACUGGUGAGCUACCAUUGUCUGUCAGAAACUUAAAGGUCAUAACCCUAAUUGAUUUGUCAAGGAAUCAAUUAUCAGGUACAAUCUCAAACACCAUUGGAGGAGCUCAGUCGUUAGUUUCUCUCUUGUUGUCCCACAAUAAAAUACAAGGACCUAUUCCUCAAUCACUAGGUAACCUCAUAAGCUUGGAAUUAUUGGAUCUAUCUAGUAACAAUUUGUCUGGAGAAAUUCCCAAGUCCUUAGAGGCACUCAAGUAUCUAAAAUAUUUGAAUGUUUCUUUCAAUAGAUUGCAAGGAGAAAUUCCUACUAGAGGACAUUUCCCUAAUUUUACAGCUCCAUCGUUUAUGCAUAAUGAUGCACUUUGUGGUGAACCCCAACUGCAAGUUCCCCCGUGUAAAACCAACAAGAAUGGCCGAUCAAGGUUAAAAAUUGUACCCAUGCUGAUUGCAUUAGCAUUUCUUGUUAUGGCCCUCAUAUAUUUGUUGAAAAUAAAUCGAAAACAAAAGAUUGAAUUGCAUACCGAGGAAGAUAUAUCACCUUUUGCAUGGAGAAAGGUUUCGUAUUAG